CGAUGAGUGCAAGACCCUGCGCAGUGCGCACCAAGGCAACUCGCUUCCUUUCUCCUCUCAACCAAACACAAAGUGUUUACCCUCAGAGUUAUUUUUCAUUGAUCCUAUCCCCGGGGUGUGCUGCUGAAAAUGAAAGCUAGAGAGUAUUGCUGUUGCGCAAUCCCCUUGGUCAAAGCUGGCAUAUAUGCUACGCUGAUCGAACAAUUCUCUCUUGGGAUUAUCAUAGGCACCCUUUCUGUUGGAACGCCUUCCAUUGUUGGAGCAGCAACUCCUUCAUACGCCCCGUUGCUUCUUGCAAUAGCAUGCUACGUAGGUGUUGCAAUUCAAGUUCUUGGAUUCAUAGGUGUAUUCAAGGAGAAACACAUACUUUUCCGUCGCUAUGCUACUCUACACUCCCUCAUCACCCUUGUUGCUUUCGCAAUUGCCGCGGCAUGGGUCAUACUCUCAGCCAGUCGUCACUCGACUGCUUUAACCAACUGCGAGAACAAAUACUAUCCUACAGCGCCCAACGGUAGCAAUACCACCGAGGGUCAAACUGUCUGCGGCAUCAUCACCUGGGUAGACGUCGGGCUGAUGAUCGGUGCUUGGGUCUUCUUUGCUCUUGUUCAGGCAUAUCUGCUUUUUAUUGUUUCAUCUUACGGGACUGCUCAAAGACGGGAUUACGAGAAGUACGAAGCUCUCAAUGAUACCACGAAGCCACUGACGGAUAAUAUUCCGAUGUCUGAUCGUGGUGAUCCUUGGGACUACAGAGCGUCUGCCGAGUACGAGGAUGGCCACGGCUAUAUGCGAAACGCAAGUACGGCAUCGACCAUGAAUGCUCCAUUACAGAAAGAAAGAUACGCUGAUGGUCAAUCUUAUCUUACGCCGACCUAUCCCCCUCAACCUCAGUCGCAAUUUGAGCGGCAACAGUCGACGGCUGGGCAACCUGCACCCACUCAGGCUCACCCCGGUGUGUAUUAAUCCCUCGGUCGCUCAUCACAAUCGCCAUCUGUGGUCGACUUGAA